GUGGAACAGGAAGCCAUUGGGGGGAUUGGUAGAGAGGGGCAGUGGAGGACACUGAACGGAGGCCUAUGCAAAGGCAGAGCAGUCAGGAGGGAUUGGCAGAGAGGGGUGGAGAUGGAGAACACUAAAUGGAGACUCUGUAGUACAUUGGAGGGAUUGGUAGAGAGGGGUGGAGGACACUGAAAGGAGACCAGUGGAGGGAUUGGUAGAGAGGGGUGGAGGACACUGAAUGGAAGCCAGUGGAUGGAUUGGUAGAGAGGGGUGGAGGACACUGAAUGGAAGCCAGUGGAUGGAUUGGUAGAGAGGGGUGGAGGACACUGAAUGGAGGCCAGUGGAGGGGUUGGUAGACAGGGGUGGAGGACACUGAUUGGAGGCC